UUAAUAUGGCCUCGAAUAUGGCUGAAUCAGCUUCUGUAUGUGAAUCGAUUUUGAGUGGAAGGACCUUAAAAAUUAGCGACCUUAACGAAGUGAUUGGAUUACUCAAAAAGCAUGACUGCAGCAAGGCAUCUUAUUAUGAACUUGGUCUCUAUCUUCAACUUCAUGAUAACACAUUAAAGAGCAUUGAACAAGAAUACAGAGGAAAAGUUGAUCGUUGUUUUAUAGAGUGUUUGGGUAGCUGGUUACGUAAAGCUGAUGAUGUGGAGAAUCCAACAAUAGAUACACUAAUAGUUGCUCUUAGAGGAAUGGGAGAGAAUGCUGUGGCUGAUGGUAUUAAUGAAGAAAAACAAAUUCAUAAUUUGCCAAAAAGUGAAAUCAUGCAAGACAGGCCAGUAGCCACACCCACAUUGAAAGUUGAUGAAGAUCGUCCACAACAACCCAUGAUUUUAGGUGUACAUAAAAUGGAGCAUAAAAUAAAAAGUCAUUCCGAAUUAAAUCUGGUUGCUUUUUCUUUGAAACAGAAGUAUUACGAUUUAGUAGUAGCAGUGAGAAAAUCACUAAUUCAUCAUAGUAUUGAUAUUGAAGGAGCUAAACUGCUGAUUAAAUUAUUUUUACAAGGAGAAACCGAAGAUCAUUCAAUGCUUAAGAUAUGUAUCAAUUCUCUUCAGAAGGUUCAUGAUUUUGAUAGCCUGUUUUAUUUCCUAAUUGAUAAUCAUUUCAUUGGUUACCUCAAUUAUAAUCUGUUGAAAAGACUAUCGAAACAUAUCUUGCAAGACGUUAGCCUUACAAAUCAAUUUGACAAUUAUGAAAAGGAGUACGCUGAACUACUUCAUAAAAUUUCCUGUAACAAUUUGAUAGAUUUGUUUCAAGAAUGGUCUGAUCUUUCUCCCAAUGCUCCGGUUGGUUUACCUCGUAUCUCUUUUCGUCUUGAUUCCCCCUGGCUUCAUUCUCGAUUUUAUACUUGGGUCUCAACCUUUGGUCAAUUUUCAUGGUCAUAUUAUGCAUUUCUUGGACAAUUAAGAAGAAACUGUGUUAUUGUCACUUAUGCUAUACUACCAUUUUUUCUUCAUGAUGUCAUGAGAGAUCUUAAGGAUCCAGUGAUAUUGAAAAAGCUAGAAGAUAAAGGAGUUACUGUAAUUGAAUUACCACAAAGAGAGGAAGAGAAUUUUGACACCAGAGAAGAAGACCCACAGAUUGAGUCAACUGCUAAAUUAGAACCACUCUCAAGGGGUUUUGCUGAUAUGCUUAACGAAAUUUCUUCAGUCAUGCAGACUACGUCAUCUGAGAGAAACAUUCCCAUUGCAACUUUGGGAAAAGAGUUCAUAAAGUUUAUAGAGUCUGAUAUACAUGCAAAACCUGAAGAUGUUAUUAGCAUUUCGACAGAUGCCAGUAAAAGCCGCACUGCCAUAGAUGAAAGGGAUAUGAGCCCUGUCUUUAAACCAGGCAUAAAUGUACAAAGGACUGAGUUUCAAGAACAUGUGGAGCAGUUGAAUAAAAAUAAUCAAGAAAUGUUUAAAGAGAUAUUCGAAUCUAUUAAUAGUACAUCUCCUGAUUAUAAGUGCGAUGCAACGCUGAUGGCUCAGGAAUAUGAUCACACCAAAAAUAGAUUCAAAGACAUUGGAGCAUUUGAUCAUACAAGAGUUGUUCUACAGGAAACACCAGGAGUACCUCAUUCUCAUUACAUUAACGCUAAUUACAUAAAGGGGUAUUAUGAUGAUAAGUUGUAUAUAGCCACUCAAUAUCCUAGCAAAGAAACCUGCGAUAAUUUUUGGCGAAUGGUUUGGGAACAAAAGACAGUUACUAUAGUAAUGCUUACUAAUGUUGUUGACUCUUUUAAAUAUUGGCCCAGUGAUGAUGAGGUUUGCUAUGGUGAUAUUGUGGUUAGAGCUGAUAGAAAUAUCGAAUUACCUAAUUACGUAAUAAGAGGAUUUAAAGUAUUCAAUAAGAGAGACAGGGGCAAAAAGGAGAGAACUAUACUUCAGUUUCAUUAUAUAACAUGGCCAAAUAAAAACGUUCCUGCUCAAGCCUCUCAUGUAUUGGAUUUUAUGAGAGCUAUCAAUUCAGCCAAUGAUAGUAAAGAAUGUGGACCUGUUGUAGUACACUGCAGUGCUGGAGUAGGUAGAACUGGUACUAUAAUUGCAUUAGAUAUUGCACUGGAACAACUUAAGUCAGAAAAUAGAGUUGACAUUGAAGGAAUUGUAAAGGUCUUAAGGCAACAAAGAACACAAAUGGUCCAAGAAUUGUGUCAGUUUGUAUUUAUUUAUAAUGCAGUAUUGGAGGACAUAGUGUAUGGAGAUAUGUCAACAUUAAUUGAUGAGUUUAGUAAUCAUUAUAUCAAGUCGCAGGAGGAGGCUACACUCAUUACUGAUGAGUUUAAUAAAAUAGGAGCUGUUAAACCACCUGCUCAGUCCUAUUCAGGACCCAGUGUGGUACCUUUUGAUUAUGGUGAAGAAACCAUGUUCACAGCUCAUUAUCUUGAUGGUUAUUGGACUCCAAAUCUGUUCAUUAAAAGUCCAUGCCCCACUAAAGAUAACACUGAAUGUUUUUGGAGACUGAUAAUUCAUAAAAAAUGCUCUCACAUCAUUAACUUAUCACCUACUGAUGCUGAUACAUAUUCAUACAUUUCUGAAUUUGGCACUACUGGGUUAAAAUUUGGUGCUAUUACAAUAUCUGUUGGACGUAAAAAAGAGUUUAAUGCAGGUUUUUUAACAAGAGACAUUAAUAUUAGAAAUGAAGAGGAUUCGAUGCUGUUGAGAGUCAAAUACAUUCAGUAUCAAGAUAUGUUUUUGAAGCAUUGUUUUCCAAGAGUUGAUAAGUUUAUGAAGUUCAUUCAGUAUUGUUUGGUGCAGGUGGAGUCCUGUCACCAUGGCAACCAUCCCAUCUUGAUGCAUGAUGAUGGUUCUAAUGGUCCCAUUGGUAUUUUUGCUACAUUAACCUAUUGCUUACAAAGAGCUAAGAAAGAGCGUAUUAUUAACAUACUUCAAGCAGCUAAUCAUCAUUACUUGCAGUCUCCGGGACUUAUUGUUAAUCUACAGUUUUAUGCUUAUUGCUAUGACUGUCUCAUGGAAUAUUCAAACAAGCUCUUAAAGGAGGAAUAUUUUCCCUCUAUACAUGAAAAUAUUGCACUAAUAAGAGGAAAAUUAAUACAUUCACCAGGACCAUCGCAUAAGAUCAUAAAAAGCAAUGAAGAAGAAGGCAUAACAUUGCAGACUAAGGAAAGUACUCAUAGUAAACCGCACCAGACCACAAGCGAUGAUGAAGAAGACAUAACAUUGCCAACAAGGGAAAGUACUGCACUUAGUGAACCCAACAAGUACACAGAGGAUAAAAGAUGUGACAUCCUGUAAUUUAUAAUGGCAAUUGGUAACAGGAAACUACUGUAUACUAUUUUUAAUUACCUAAGGAAUUGAAUUUUGUAUUUGUAUAAUUUUGUUUUUGUUAUUACAAUUACAAAUUAGCUUGAUUACAACACAAGUACAAAUUAUAUAUUAUUAACAAAAUUUAUCUUACAGUUGUUAUAUAUUGAUCUAUUAUUUUGGU